CUGUUCCCUCCAAGAGAAAAGCCCCCUUAGACUUCCAUUGCGUAACCAGUCGAAGUUGCACGAAGUUCCUACAUCUGCCUCACCUUUCCAGCCAGUAGGUGCCGGGCUUUUCCUACUGUUGACGCUAAGCGGGGGCGAACCCAACGUGCAGACGAAAAGGGUAGCAGAGCGUACCAUGGCUACAGUGAUCGUACACACUCUGCAAGCAUCAGCCGACCAGGAAGCGCCCCGUCCCAACAACUAAUCGCCAACUAACAGUAAAGGCCAGAUAAAGACAACAAGCAGUUGAGUAAACAGUGGGAAAUAAUAAGAAAAAAACAAUCAGUGUCAGAGCGAUCAGUGUGCUACUAACGCUGCUGCUGCCAUUAUUGGGAAAGAAGCGAGUAAGGCAAAUAAGAGGAAGCGCAACCAAAAAGCGAUCGAGAAGUGGACCGGCAUAACAAGAGAGCGUAAACCCAUUUUUCCAGCGGUCGAAAGGUAAAUGCGGUCAGCCUGAAGUAUUCGAUAGCGAAGCGGAAUUGGAACACAAAAUAUCGCGAUUAGCAGAAUGGGUUCAAGGUUGCAAGCAUAUGGUGGUUAUCACCGGUGCGGGCAUUUCGACAUCGGCUGGAAUACCGGAUUUCCGUGGUCCAAACGGCGUCUGGACAAAAGAGCAGCAGGGUGAGAAGCCAACGAUCAACAUUUCUUUUGAUGACGCUAUUCCGACAAAGACACAUAUGGCCCUAGUUGAACUUCAGCGCCGUGGUAAGCUGCAGUUUAUUUGCUCACAAAAUGUGGACGGUCUUCACACAAAAAGUGGAUUUCCGCUCAGUCGACUAACGGACGUACACGGAAAUAUGUUUGUGGAUCGAUGCCAAAAGUGCGGCAAACAGUUUAUUCGGAGAAGGUGUACUCGAACGGUUGGACAAAAGCUAACUGGCGAACCCUGCCUAGCUGAACGAUUAGGUCGCAACGCGAAGUCAUGCCGGGGUGGCCGCUUGCGUGAUUCGAUACUCGAUUGGGAGGAUGAACUCCCAACGGAAGGACUUAAUGCUUCGCUCGAGCAUUGUCGACAGGCUGAUCUUGUACUUUGUCUCGGGAGUACUUUGCAAAUAUUGCCUGUGGGCACUAUGCCUCUACAGGCCCGACGAAACAACCCCAACGCAAAGAUAGUCCUUGUAAAUCUCCAGGACACGAAACUAGAUAAAAAAUGCGAUAUGAAAAUUGGUUACUAUGUCGACGAGGUUAUGGAACGGCUUUUUCAAAAACUCGACUACACAAUUCCGGAGUACCGGCGCGAACUCGAUCCGACUAAAAAGGAUACCGGCGAAUGGGUAGAGAAAUUGCCUAGGCUUAUAUUACCGAAAAAGAAGAAAAAAUCGGACGAAGAAGACGACCGGGGUCAACCAAAACCUAAAGUCAGGCGUAAAAAAGUCAAAGUGGAAAUCAAGGAGGAGGGUAUUGAUGAUGGACAGAACGGGCACGAUGCGAAGGAGGGAAGUAUCACGGCGGCCAAUUAUCAUGAGGCAAACGGCAAAAGCAGUAAUCACACUGUCAAGGAAGAAAAGAUAAUUCAUGAAGCUGACGAGUUACUCGAACGCAAUGACACUGAAGACGUGUUUCAGGCAGAGGUCGACACUGAAUCUGAAGAGCAAAUUGAGGAUGUCAAGGUUGAAGAUGAUGAUGAGGACGAAACAGAUGCCGCUUGACGCUACUUAAUACUACAUUGGAAACCGGGAACUAUGCCGUUUGUAACCUAUCGCAUAUACAAUCAUUGGAAAUACAAUUCUGAUUGUGUGAUUCUUUGCUGUUUACUUUAUGUUAAACGACAUCGUUGUGGAUGGAUGUACUAUAAGCUGAAAAUAUUUCCUUUCAUAUCAUGAAGGAGAUUUGUGGACUAGUGCUAUUAAAAUUGAUUCUUGCUAAUACUGCUCAAGUUGUAUAAACGGUAUAUAUAUGGCAAAGGCUCCGAAAGCACGGAAAAUCCCUACUGGAUCUUAUUAAACUAUAAGAAAGAGGUAUUUAUGAAACACACCAUGCAGCUUAAAUAAAACGAAUGUUAUGCUCAGGAAUCUUUUCACAGGGUUGGCUCGGAAGCGUUUACUCCUACCCAGCUGACCUUAUGAACUACUACUGAAAGGAAGAUGUAAGCUGAACCUCUCAUCUAAUAUUCUCAAUAAGGUUCUUGUAAAUAUCAUUGCAUAUUUGAAUAAAUGCCUAGUUUUCAUCAUAGAGCUUGUUGUACAAAAAUGGCAACAAUUUGAAUGAGUCACUUUAUUUGAUACCUAUUUGCAGAAUAUACACAGAAUGAUAUUUCAAUUAUCUGCGUGUAAACACUACUACCAUUGAAAUGGAAUGCUUUCAUCGAACAAUAUAUAUACACAUAUAUUAUAUAUAUAUUCAACAAACGCUGUUGGUAUUUUUUCUGUCCGAUAUAAGAGAAGCUACAAUAGGUUGAGACUUACUGAAUAUGCGUCUAAUGAGCAAUUCAAAUAUCAGCAAAAUUUCCAUUCAAGGAUGGAUCACUUUGAAUAUUUGCUUACUAUAUUUAUAUUGUCUAUAUGGUUCCUCCACUGUACUAUAAAUGAAAUUGACUUAUGUUAAUUUGAUUAUUUGGCCGCUGUAUUUCAGAUAUUAUAUAUUUGGGAAUUCUUAUUUUGUAAUGAUUUAUUUAUUCGACAAGACGACAUGAAAGCGUGUGUAUGAGAACCUCUCGAGUGUUCCAUCCCUGGUUGAAUAGUUUCCUAAUGUGCCUUUUCUCUGAAUCAUGAGCAAUGCGAUAUCCCACGUUUCGUGAAUUAUGUCUACCCUCGAAAAUUUGUUGUUUCACACGAGUUGGCAAACGAAACCUUCACUGAAUGCGUCUUCAGCAGUUGUCGGAUCAUGACAUUCGCAUCCAAGACUAACUCAACUGGUGCCAACUUAUACCGGCGUCGCCCUCGACGCCCUUUAUUUUAAGUAAAAUGCUGAGGUCCGCUCCAAGCAAGAGCUCCACAAUUUCGUAGUCUUUCAUCCUGAAUAGUAGAGGUUCACCCUGAAUUUGGCAAACGAGUAUAGCACUCUCGGUUUCAUUGACACUUAGAUAGCCCACAAGAGAAGGGAACUUGUUCAGUGUUGACACAUAGGAAGUUUCAUAGGUAUAUGACGUGUUCCCACGGUAACUGUACGGUUCGGCGUGUGAAAAACACAUGCAAAUACCUGUGUUGCAGAUGAACGGUAUUAAUCUCUAGUUUUUCUUCGUAGUAAAUCGUUAAAUAGGCAGUAAGUGCAUAUUGCAUAACCGGACUAGCGGUUUGUCAAUCAAAAAUCAUAAGUCCUUUUUUAAGCCACCGUUUUCUAAACAUUUUUAUUAUAGCAUUAUUACUUUAUGCAAAGCCUUAUGUAUUAUUACUACAACAUCUAUGCAAUUUUUAUGCGACUAAUUGUUGAAAAGAUCACGCAAGCAAUCAUCUAUAAGUGCUUGCUAGCACAGGAUAAGCGAAAGGAUCUAAUAAGCAGAGCUCUGCACUCUUCAACGUGCCUUUCAGUUAGCUUACAAUUUUUUAGACUCAGAAACUUAAUCAAAAGCAAUGCUUUUGACAGUCUGCCUUUGCGAACACGUUUUCGGCGCGAUCGACAUGAGGUUGAUGUCAUUCGGUCGCGAGCAGGCUGCAUUACCUCUAGUGGCUCCUACGGCGACAUCGCAUAAUGGGCUGAAACUAUUUCUUUCUAUACUGACUCAUUCAUACUUUUUCUUUCGUGCUCAUUUUUUUAAGAUACUUUUUUUCAAAUUGAUCAUCUUGAAAUUUGUCAGCAGCGCCAUAUUUAAACCGGUGCGAAAACACAUAGGCCCUGUGUAGCACCCUCUCCCGAAUAUUGCUCAAUAUGAAUAUAAUGUUUCUAUUAUUAUAAAAUACCCAAAUGCAAUAGCCCCUCAAGGGCACUACUUCAAUUUCAGAGAAAUCACCACCAUAUUUAUAAAGCAUGCUAUGCAUGUCAAACUUUCUUGAGGGUAGUUCUGGGCAGUACAAUGUACCUCACAGAACCUCUCUCUAAGUUGAUUCGAUAUCAUUGCUCUAGGCAACUUCUUUGCGCAUUUCCAAUUGAAUGCCUAUACCGCCAUAGUUGCAGUGGAAGUUAUGCGCGGCAAGCGUCCUCCUGGGAGUCGGAAAUUCCGAGUUUGAUCUAUACUGUGAGGUAACACAUCCUCCUAGGAUGCUCUGCAGUACAAGAUACAAGGCAUAAACAAUGGAUCAGAUACAUUGUAUGAAAUAUGCAGUGUAUAAGUGAACAUGUAAUAAGAGGAGGCAAUACUUUCGUAUUUGGCCUGGAGACGAGUUUGAAACAGCCUACUUUGCAGCGGCAGAAACUUCAUCCAAUUUGUACUACGCGUUCUUUUUUCGUAUCUUCGUAUAUGUGAUGACUAAUAUGUCAUGAACGAUUUGUAUCCAGUUCCGGUGUUACAUAUAACUUAAGGAUGUAAAAUAUGGUGCCGCGCAACCUCAAAGCAAAUUACUGUUUUGGCAACUAAAUACUCAAAAUAGGGUCUAGUAAGUGCUAUUGAAUGUCUUUCUAUACAUUUUAUUUGGAAUUACCACUUGCGUGCCAAAGACCUUCCAGUAAAAAUGUUUGCUUUUGUUAAGAAAACACUCAGUCAAGCAUUUAAUCACACACAAAUGUUCAUUUCUAAAAUACAUUUACAAAAAAAGAUAUUGAAAGCACUUUGGACUGGUCUGAGUAAACUGAAGAGAUGAUGCAUCCCUGUGCAGAUCGUAGCAAAAGAAUUGUCUUGAUUUGAUGUCGUGAUAGCACCAAAUGCUUCCAGUAUUAUUUUUCAUUCCUUUUUUUAAAGAGCUCUGUUAUCAACAGUUACGUUACCUCGUAUUACAGAUAUACCGCUUGAAUUACAUGAACCUCUUAAGCGUUGUAAAUAAAUCGCACUUCAGUUUCUAUUGAAACAUCACCUUAUUUAUGAAUACCUCACGCUCAACUGUCUGUCUCUUUUGUAAAUGAUAACAGAGGAAAUGACAACGACCUACAGCAGGUAGCGUUGGCUAGAAAUAUUAUUUAGGUAUAGAAACUUCUAUCGAUGUAUUAGGAUUCGUCGCAGUCUCUUCAAUUGUUGCUAAGACAGGCUAGUUGAUAUACACAAUAGCCACAACCCCUAAAAGUGCGGGAAAAUGCCACUGCUGCGUCCCUGAGUAGUUUAUCUAGUGAUCUGUUGCAAUCGAGUUCGACGGCAUCGUGGGGUGUUAGGUAACAUAUGUUAAGCAAAAGCCGAUCGGAUGAGCAAGCGAAAUGCUGAAAAAUGACAAUACGCACCAAAGAUUUGUCUUAUGAGAACGAGGAUUCCACGAUUCAUUCAGCAAAAUUGUAUGCGUUUCUAUCUAAAUGUACCAUCUUUCUACUUUCGUAUAUAUAUAUGAAUAUAGGGCAUAAGGCAUCCACCAUAUGAUCGAACGAUGUUAAAGUAACGCUAAACCUGUACCACGUUCAGGGUGCUUUUCGGUAAAAUUGUCAGUGCAGAUUUUACAUCAAAACGCAAUUGGCUGGAUAUUGUUUUUAUAGCGAAAAAUAUAAUUAAAACAAGUGUAUUAAAAUCUAAUAUUUUGUCUGAUAGUGAGUAAUACGAAGAUAGUUCAGUUGAACCUCAGUCAGAUGAAACCUUUUACCUAAGCUUGAAUAGACUGA